UUAUGUGCAGUCUCGGACAUAUUUAUGCGCUUAUUGAUCAGGGAGAGAGAGAGCAGAGAUAUCAAUUUAGAGUUAUAAAGAGAAUUAUAACUUCUUUCCCUUUUUACUAUAUUUAUUGAAUGAAUGGAAUCUAGCAAGAGAGAAGAUCAUCUAAAGAAGGGGUCUAAUGUUUCCCCCUAUGAAUCUUUACUAGCUGGUUCCAUUUCUGGAGCAGUAGCAAGAGGUGUAACAGCCCCAUUAGAUACCAUAAAGAUACGGCUUCAAUUACAGAGGAAAACAUAUAAGGAAAGCAUGGGAGUAUUCACAGUAACUAAGAACCUUCUUAGGAAUGAAGGCGUGGUGGCUCUUUGGAAAGGUAAUGUACCAGCAGAGAUUUUAUAUAUAUUGUAUGGAGGAGUUCAAUUUACUUCAUAUUCAAUGUUGUCUACGGCUUUGAAUGAUUUCACUUCUAGUAAAAAAAUAAGUCUAAGCUCUUCUAGUCAUUCAUUGGUGGUUGGAUUUGGUGCUGGUAUAGUGAGUACAUUUUUCACAUAUCCUUUUGAUUUACUAAGAACUCGUUUAGCAGCAAAUUCAGAUAAAAAGCUUUUAUCAAUGACAUCAACAUUCAAACAAAUAUUGAAAACCGAUGGAAUAAUGGGUUGCUUUACAGGUAUCAAACCUGCUACUUUGUCUGUAGCAUCAACUACUGCAGUCAUGUUUUGGUCAUAUGAGUUAGCUCGAGAUUUUGCAAACAAUUAUCAAGGUAUUCCCUUUGUAGAAGGAAUUUGUGGUUUAGUUGCAGGAGCUACUUCAAAAGGUGUUACCUUUCCUUUAGACACGUUACGUAAGAGAACCCAAAUGUAUACUGUUAUGUAUGGUUCAAAACCGGUGAGUGCUGUUAAAUUAUUUGUAUCUAUAUUAAGGAAUGAAGGGUUAUAUGGUCUUUAUAAAGGAUUUGGUAUUAGUUUACUAAAGACGGCGCCAACAAGUGCUGUUACAUUAUUCAUGUAUGAAUACUCCCUUAACUAUAUAACAUCAUUCAAUAAGAAAUUUUCAUAGAACUAAUGUAUGUAUA